AUCAUACAUACUAGAAACUUAGAAAAACUCUUAACUUUGUAUUUGGUUAGUUAUUGCUUAAAAAUGUAUAACUUUAAAGUUUGGACAAGCGAUAGAGUUCAGAAAAAGUUUUUUGUUGCUGACAAUUUGUUGAGCUUAAAGACAAAAGCACAAAAAAAGUUCAACUUGAUCAACCCUGUUGUGAUAGUUUUGAAUUCUGAUGGCACAGAAAUAGAUGACGAUGAGGUGCUAUUGCACUGUGUAAAUGAAGUGUUGAUUGUUCUAGGGUCCGAACAAUUUUGGACUCAUGAAAUCCAUGUCACUCCAAAGUCUGAGCAACAAGGGAGUUUUAAUUCAAUAGAUUUUUUUACAAAUUCUGAAUUUGCACCUCAACCUUGUGCAGUUAAAUCUGCCAACAGUUUAACACCAGGGCUUGACUUUAAAUUAACUUAUGAACCAUCAAUUGCAACUAUUCAGACUUCUCAGACGAAUGAGAAUACCAUGCGUGUGUUUCCUUUUGUGUAUAGCAUUCCUGUUCUUCCCCAACACAUUUCUGUAGCCCUACAAAAGGCAAAGGACAAGGCUUCAUUAGAGCCAUUUGCAGAGCAUUCUCUUGUGAGAAUAUUAUUUGAAGAUCUUAUACAAUAUGAUCUCUACCCAUCAUCUGUGAUGUAGAAUAGUGUAUGUUCUGCUAUUGUGCGAGCAUAUCCAAAUCUAUGUGACAGUGUCAUAGUUAUGAAAGGCAAAUCCUCUAAGUUAUAUGCCACUUGGUUGGAUAGUCUAAGAACUAAAUUUAAAUCAGAACGUUCUAAAUAUUCGAAUGAUGAGUCUGUUAAAGCUCAUAAAAAGUUUGCGUCCAAAAGGAUUCACAGUCAGUUGACUGAUACUAAUGAAACUGUAAAGAUAACUAGAUGUGAGUUGCAGGUUGCAAAUGACUGUUUAGAAGACCCUUCAAGUGUAGAGCAGCAUGUAACAUUAAUGUUAAAGGAGUACAGUAAAAAUAAUCCUGACACGAUUAUUAUAUCUGAUAGAAUGAGCCGGACUUAUGUAUCAAGACGAAUUUUUAUUAAAACCAACACUACACAAGUCAUAUUGCAAAGGUUUUUUUUUUUUUUAGCAAUGGAAAUUGAGUUGUUUGAAGAAGCAAUGCGAAUCACUGGAUUAGAUUUGAAAAUUAAGAUAACAAAGUUUUUUCAAAAUCGUUCAGAAAAAAUUCUGGAAAUUUGCAAAUCAAAGUUGCCUUCAAUAAAAAAAACAUCAUUUUUGCAAACCGUCAAUAUUUUAUUAAAUGGUGUUGGUGCAUCAUCAAAUGUUGAUAUUGAAGGUCAGAAAAUAUCGGCUGCUUUGCUUCUUUUACCAGUUGUAUUUGGUGAAGACAUUGAUCGCUUCAUUUCUAUAAAUAAGAAUCCACAAGUUUCCACUCCAUCAAUAACCAUCAGAUGUGCAGGCGAAACAAAUAUUUUUAGCGUUGAUGAUGCCGAAAUAAACGUAAUGCUUGACGGCAUAGUGAUAGUUAAAUCCAAGACGGUAUCAAGUGCGGUUACAAGUUUGGUUGCAGCCUACUGGGUCUAUGAAAUUGCAUUUGACACAAAACUUAAAAAAACAUUAGAUUUCGUAGCAAGCCAUGUUUGUGGCGUAAAUAACUACAUAGCAACACCAUUCAGUCAAAGAAUUUUGAACAAACUUUUGUAAUAAUAGACUAUUUCUAUAAAAAUAUAACUUUAAAAAAUCGAA